AUCAAAACCCUUCCUCUUCUUCUUUCUUAUUCUUCUUCCCCCCCACUGUCUCUUUAGACCAUGCAAUGCAACCCGAUAUAUGUCUGAUAAUUUUUUUAUUGAAUUUUAUCUUUUGUUUUAAAUACAAAAAUUGAUAAAUGUCAGGGCAUAUUUCGCUGUGAUUUUCUUUUCCAACGGUGCCUUCUGAACCCUGGAGAGAAACUAUUAUCUACGACUUCAAAAGGCGGCGGUGGAAGCUCGGUUUCAAAAGAGGAAACAUAAACCCUUGUGGUUCACUCAUCAGCGCGGUGCCAAAAAUGGAGAGAAUUCAUUGUUUCCCCAUCUGGCCAGAUCUCAACUUUUCUUGUGUCAUUAAUGACACUUUCAAAGUUGAAGAAAUUUCCUUAUUCAGAUUAUUUGCUGCUUCCAUUUAUUUGCAGCAGGUUAAUCAACAAGAAGCAUAUUAUGGAAGAGGGCAUGUCAAGCGCUGUUUCAAACAGUGGGAUGAAAAUGAAUACUGUAGGAGGAGUAUCAGAUUCAAGCCUGGCUGCUAAUGACUCAACAGAUGGUGCUUGUAAGCGUGUGUCUAAGAAGUUCAAAGGAGUUGUUGAGCAGCCAAACGGGCAUUGGGGUGCCCAAAUAUAUGCCAAUCACGAAAGGGUUUGGCUUGGCACUUUCAAUUCUGAGAUUGAUGCAGCCAUGGGUUAUGACAGUGCUGCACUCAAGCUUAGGGGUAGAGACUGCCAUCGCAACUUUCCUUGGACAGAAACCACCUUUGAAGAGCAGCACUUUCAGAAUCAGUACGCCACAGAAGUUGUGCUCAUCAUGAUCAAGGAUGGUUCCUACCAGACCAAGUUCUUGGAAUUUCGAAGAAGCCGGUCUGGAAUUGAGAGUGUGGGGGCUGAUGUUCAAUUUGGCAGCUUAGCUAGGGUACAAAGCAGCAACGGAAAGGGAGAGCUGUUGGAAGACUUUCUUUUCCAAAAAGAGCUGACGCCAAGCGAUGUGGGUAAGCUCAAUAGACUUGUGAUACCAAGUAAGUAUGCGUGUACCUACUUUCCCACUGUUUCUGAAGCCAUAAGAGGAAAGGUGGAGAGUUGCUCCAGCCAGCUGACGUUUUAUGAUAGGAUGAUGAGGUCAUGGACAUUCCGGUUCUGUUUUUGGAAGAGCAGCAAGAGUUUUGUAUUCACCAAGGGUUGGAGUAGGUUUGUUAGGACACACGAUUUGCAGGCCAAAGACACUAUCAGAUUCUUGCAAUGCCAGUACAAGCAAUCAGGGGACGGUAAUUAUAAGGAACAGCCUCACUCAUUCUGCAUGAUUCAAGUUAAAAAGGAUGGUGGUCGAAACAAUGAUGUGAGCUGUUUGGUUGAGAAUAAUGCUAAUAGUUACCAAUAUGAUGGUGUUAGGAAUGAUGGAGGCAUGAUGGAUUUGGAUUAUAAGUUUAAAGUUGAAGCUGUAAGCCCAAAUAUUCAUGAAGAUGAAGAUGGAAUCCUCCUGGCAGAUCAGAAGAAAUGUUUCAGGCUCUUUGGAGUGGAAAUCAGUGAUGUCGAUGUGCUUUCUUCGCAUUCGAUCAUAGUAUAGUUCACCCUUCAAAUGGUUCAGAAGUUUUUGUUUGAGCUUUUGCAGGGAAUAGGGUUAAGUAGGUUC